GGGGGCGGGCAGUCUGCCCUCAGCUCCGGUGGCGAGCGCAGCUGGCGGCGAGAGCGGCGCGGAGGUGAGCGGGAGCCCCUCUCAGAGGGCGAGGCGGCUUGGGACGGCUAUAAUCCUCUGAUAAUCAUGGAGCCAUAUUUUGCUGGUUUUAAGCACAUGCAGCAUGACUACGAAGUCACUCUUGAACUCGCAAGUGAGGAGACUCAAAAAACUAGAAAUGCACAAAAUUCUAGGACGGGGUCUUAUGGUGUCAGUAUUAGAGUCCAAGGAAUUGAUGGACAUCCUUACAUAGUACUAAACAAUACAGAAGGAUGUUUGUCAGAAAAUCCCCCUCCUGGAAAAGAACAGCAGGUCAUUUCUCAGAAUGUAAGCAAGCCAACCACAGACUCCAGUGCUGCUUUUAAGUUGGAGGACAAAAACAGUGAACACCCAAAGUUUCCUGAAACACAGCAUGUGCAACCCUGUAUGCUUAAAAGCCUAAAGAUAACCAAUCUGGAUGAAGAGGAAAAAAGAAUAUCAGAUUUUAAAGAUGGAACAAUGAAAUCCUCCAAUUUGUUGAACUUUCAAAGACAUCCUGAACUUUUGCAGCCUUAUGAUCCUGAAAAAAAUAACUUGAACUUGGAUAAAUACCAACCUGCUGUGUGCAGUAAAUCUAAAUCUUUUGCAGAUGAAGAUAAAAUUGAAGCAAAGCCUUGGAUUUCCUCAACUAAAGUAGUGUCCCUACAGAAAACAAAUACUUAUCUUGCAGAGCCAGCCAAAGCAAAUUCAAAAAAUAUACAUUUGAACACAUCAGUAGAAGUAGAAAACCAAAAUAAGCAGCUGUUGGAUUGUCCUAGUAGCACGAUCAGCCCCAAUGAAGUGUGUGUUUCAGAAUCAUUUUCAUCUGCAGGAGGAUCCCCAUGUGUUAGUCCCACUACUUAUCCAGAGACAAGAAAACCUAGACCAGAUGUUCUUCCCUUCCGCAGACAAGAUUCAGCUGGGCCAGUAUUGGACAACUCGCGAAGAUCAUCAUCCUCAUCAGCUACUCCCACCUCUGCAAAUUCCUUAUACAGAUUUUUACUUGAUGACCAAGAGUAUGCCAUCUAUGCAGACAAUGUUAAUCGGCAUGAAAACAGAAGAUAUAUCCCAUUUUUGCCUGGGACCGGCCGUGAUAUCGACACUGGUUCACUUCCAGGAGUGGAUCAACUAAUUGAAAAGUUUGAUAAGAAAGUUGACCCUCACAGAAGAGGUAGGUCAGGAAAAAGGAAUAGAAUUCAUCCAGAUGAUCGUAAAAGGUCAAGAAGCGUUGAUAGUGCCUUGUCAUUAGGGCUUGAUGUAAAUUCAGAUUAUUUAGGUGAAUUCAGUAAAAGCUUAGGUAAGUCAACAGAGCAUUUGCUCAGACCAUCUAAAGUUUGCCUUCACAAGCAGUUAUCCAGAGAUCAAAAGUCACCUUCCAAAGAGAUAAAGAUUUCUGCUCGAAGUAUUGGAAAACUGCAAAUGCCUGAUAAAGACACUCAGAACAGCAAUUUCAAUUCUUUGCAAUACCAUAAACAAAAUGGAGCUGACACCGAGAGUUUGAUGUUCAGGUCAUCUACGCUCCCAGGACAGAAUAAGAGAGAGGAAGUUAAAACAGUAACUUCUACUUUAUUGUUGCCAAAUCGAAUCACAAAUCCACCUGAUUCAGGAACGAAGAGUAUUUCUGUAAAAACGUUUUCAUCCAUCUCUAAUAUACAGGCAACUCCUGAUCUCUUAAAAGGGCAGCAAGAUCUUGCACAGCAAACGAAUGAAGAGACUGCUAAACAGAUACUUUACAAUUACCUUAAGGAAGGAAGUGCGGAUAAUGACGAUGCCACAAAGAGGAAAGUCAACUUAGUUUUUGAGAAAAUUCAGACUUUAAAGUCAAGAGCUGCUGGAAAGACACAGGUUUCAGAUUCUUCAGCUGAAGUAAAAGCCUUGGUGGAACAAAAAGCAGAGCUUGAAAGGAAAGUAGAAGAAUUAGAGAAAAAACUGGAUCUCGAAAUUAGGAAUCAGCAGAAUUCCAAAGAAGAGAGAGAUGCUACACGAGCCAGCCUGAAAGAUCUUCAGUUGCAACUCGAUGAAAGCAUAUGUGAAAAAGAAGCCUUAAAAAAGCAGCUGAAAGAAAGCGAAAAGGAACUCAGAGAAAACCUAGAGGAGCUUUUUCAAGUGAAGAUGGAGCAGGAGCAACACCAGACUGAGAUCAGAGAUCUUCAGGACCAGCUGUCUGAGAUGCAUGAUGAACUGGAUAACGCUAAACAUACUGAUGAAGGGGAGAAAGAGGUUCUGAUUGAGGAGCUGAUGCAAAUGAAGCAGGAUCUGCAAGAAGUAUUAAUAGCAAAAGAUCAACAAGAAGAGAUUUUGAGAAAAAGAGAGAGAGAGCUUACAGCUUUAAAAGGAGCACUAAAAGAAGAAGUAUCUAGCCAUGACAUGGAGAUGGACAAACUUAAAGAGCAACAUGAUAAAGAAUUGCUUAAUCUACAACAGAGCCUGGAGAAAGCAACAGAGAGUGCUGCUGUCCUUGCCAGUGAAAGAAACGCUGCACAAGAGGCACGAAAUGGUAUAGAAAAUCAAGUCAAAGAGCUGACUGAGGAAAAUGAACAGUUGAAAAGAAAAAUUGGUGAGCUAGAGAGUAAAAUUGAAGAUUUGCGCAAACAAAUUGAUAAUAUGAAAGGAGAAGAAAAUUCAGCUAAGGAAAAAGUAAAGAAAUAUGAGGAAGAGAAGCAGCAACUAGAAGAAGCUUUGAAACAUGCUGAAAAGGAGGCAAAAGAAUUGGUAGUGUUAAAAAGGUCUUUGGAAAGCCAGAUAGAAGAUAUGCAGGAGAACAUUCGUUGUAUUUCACAGGAACGGCAACAGUUAACUCAGCAGCUAAAAGAUGAAACUCGCCAGAAAGAACAGUUAAAGCAGAUAAAAAAUGAAAUGGAGAAUGAACGAUGGCAACUGAACAAGACUGUUGAAAAGUUACAGGAGGAGAUGUCUGAAAUGCUAGAGGUCUCAAGAACAUCAACUCUGGAGCUUCAGAACCAGCUUGAUGAAUACAAGGAGAAAAAUCAGAGGGAACUUGCAGAUGUGCAGAGGCAAUUAAAAGAGAAAAAUCUUGAGGUAGAGAAAUCACGCCUGACAAGCAUGAGAAUGCAAGAUGAGAUGCGUCUUAUGGAAGAAAACUUGAGGGACCACCAGAGAGCUCAGGAUGAGGCAAUAACAAAAACUCAGCUACUGGAACAGACUGUGAGAAGCCUGGAGUAUGAGCUGGAAGCAAAAAACCACUUAAAAGACGAUCGGGCAAGACAAAUCAAACUAAUGGAGGACAAGUUAUCUCACCUGGAACUGGAGCUUGAUGAAGAAAAGACUAAUUCGGAUUUGUUGUCUGAGAGGAUCAGUAGAUGCAGAGAACAGAUUGAACAAAUGAGGACAGAGCUACUUCAGGAAAGAGCAAUAAAGCAAGAUUUGGAGUGUGACAAAAUUUCACUGGAAAGACAGAACAAAGACUUGAAGAGCCGAAUCCUUCACCUGGAGGGUUCUUACCGAUCCAGUAAAGAGGGACUUGUUGCUCAAAUGGAAGCAAGGAUCACAGAGCUAGAAGAACGGCUUGAAAAUGAAGAGAGGGAUAGAGCUAAUUUCCAACUAAUUAACCGAAGACUUGAGAGAAAAGUGAAGGAGUUAAUGUUGCAAGUAGAUGAUGAACAUCUCUCAUUGACUGAUCAAAAGGACCAGUUGAGUUUGCGUUUGAAAGCAAUGAAACGUCAAGUUGAAGUAGCUGAAGAAGAAAUAGACAGACUGGAAAGUGCAAAAAAGAAACUCCAGAGGGAACUGGAAGAGCAACUAGACAUAAAUGAACAAUUACAAGGACAGCUUAACACUGCAAAGAAGGAAUUAAGUAGACUGAAGAAGUCACCAAGUAAAGUGUUGGCUGAUUCUGAUGAUGACGAUGAUGAUUUCAGCACGGAUGGCGAUAGUCUCUGUGAAGUACCUUCAGGAAAUAACUUUUCAAAAGAUGAUGACACAAAAAUCUAAAUAACUGUUGAAUCUGUGAUUCCUUGAAAGUACUGGAAGAAUAACAUAAAUUAUCAAGAAACUGGAUAUUCUAGAAGCCAAAUGACAUAAAGGGAUUUAAGAGUUGGGAAUAUAAUGUUUCCAUCCAUACUGUGCCAUUUUCUUAUUUAGAUCUUCUCUGUUUAUUAUAGAAAACAGGACUGCAUUAGAAAACAGCUAUAAAACAUGAAUAUAGAUGUAUAAUUGCUACUGAAAACACGAGGAUAAUGUUUUACAUUAGAAAUGUGAUUUUGCUAAAAUUCUUUUUAAGUAAAAAAAACAUCUGAAAUUAAUUCAGAAUUAGUUUGUAAUUAUUAAAAGCUUUUCCAUAAAAUUAAGGAAACCACAGAAGAUUAUUUAAUAAUUGUAAGUAGAGGAAAAUUAUGUAUAAAAUGUAAAUAUUUUAAACCUGAUCUUUUUAUUGACUAGUACUAUUUUGUAAAGUUUCAAAUAUUAUAUAAAUCAGCUUCAUAUGUAAAGUACUUAAAUUUAUACUGAAUGCUAUAUUUGGGGUUUAAAUAAGAAGAAAACAAAUGAAAACGAAUACCUUUUGUGCAUUACAGAGCAGAUUCACGGUUCCUGAGCCAGGAAGUACAUUCCCAUUUUAAAGCCAGUGCAAGUUUUAUUGUAUGUAUUCUGUAUAUUAGAGAUCAACUGUUAAUCCUGCCUGUUGACAUUAAAAGGCCCAUCGUACCUGCAUGGUGAGUGAGGCUUGCCUAGAGCUUUCCUGUAAGCUUAAUUUGGGAAGCUUUCUGUUCUUAGUAGGGAAGGGUGAGAAUGAGUUAGUUACUACUUGGCAUCUUUCAUUUCCUGAAAUGGACUCCAUACUGCCAGGGGCAGAACAUUAUAAGCCUGCUCAUUUGAGGGCUACAGUCUGUAAGGAGUCCCACCAGUUCCAGUGAAGUUACUUGUGGUCUUUGAAUUAAGUACAUGCUUAAAUCUAUUCUUUAAUUGAUCCCAAAAUGUCAUGCACCUAGCAAGAAAUUGCACCAAGGAAACACAAAGCACACAAUCUGAUACUUUCUAAUUUGUUCUUGAGCAUCAGUUUGUGUUAUAUUGCAGAGCAUGGUCAUAUAUGCAGAUAGAUGGUAGUAUUUCAGUUUACAGAAGUAUCUGCAUUUUGGGUGAUCCAUCUGUUCAAUAAACUUUGCUGGAAAUUUUAAAAAAAAAUUAAGAUUUUAUUUUAAAAGCAUUUUCCAUUUUAUUGCUAAAAAUAUAAAACUAUAUUUUUUGGCAUUUAUAUUACAGCAGACCAUUUUUGCUCCUUUGCAUCAAUCUAGAAUUCUAAGGAAAGGGCACUACCACAUAAUUUUGUUGAUAAACUAUAGCCAAGUCCUGUCUGAUUAUUAGUAUUUGUCCCCAGUUACAGGCCAGUGAACACUUCUUCAUUGAAUGGGCCAAGUAACAGUGUAAUUGUAAAAGUACUUUAAACUGGAGUUUCUGGGAGCUUCCAUUACUCCUACAAAGGCAUCUGCUGAAGAGGACAAAUUUAACAGCUCUGAAAGUGAGGCUGAUAGGCUUGGUUAGGGCAAAACUCCUGACAAGGGCAGUAUCCAUUUUCAUACCAUUAUAUGAAAUGAAACUCCUGCCUGCGAGAUCAGAAUAUAUUCAUACACAGCAGAUUACAGACUCUUUUGCCAUGUAAUUCCCUUCAACUUGAUUUUGAUGGUUUGAGAUAUAUGGGAAAUAAUGUGAAAGGCAUAGUUGUAAUACUCUGUCUCUGAAUUUUGUAUAUCUUUUCAAGUAGCAUACAUCAUACAAUUUUUUGCAUUACUAGCUUUACUAUUUUGACAACACAGAAACUGCCUUUCCUCCAAGAAGAUCUGCACUGUACUGUACUGACAAUCAUCAUAUAACCUGUUGUGAUUUAUUUUUUGUUGUUUCAUUUGCAUGUUUAUGUAGGCUUAACUUUAAACAGAUUGUUCCAAUCUCCAGUACUCUGUCCUAAUGUUCACAGAUGACUAUUACUUCAAACCACUGGAAAAAAAUCACUUAAUGCAUCUACCUCCAGUUACACUAAACUGUAAAAAAAAAAAAAUGAUUCACUUAAAAUAAACAGUCAGCCAGCUCUUUCAGUUCUACUUUGUGCAUUUAGCUUGAUACGACAGUUGAAUUUCAUACGGAAGAUGCUUGUGUUUAAAAUACAGCAAGAAAAUAACUGUAAUCUGGGAAACGCUGAUACUGUAAGCAAGUUUAUGCAGUUUCUUUUUGGAUAGUUGCUUUCUUUGUCACUUGUAAAGCAGGUGGCAGGAGUAAAUAUCUAGAAGACUCCUUUUCUCAUUUGAACUUACAAUAAGUUAGGAGGGAGACGCAUUGUUGUGGACUCCUAGUGAGAGUGAUCCUGCUUCUUAGACUUCCCUCCCCAAGUGUGUCUUCAUAAAAAGAACUCAUCUUUAAUUUGUUCAUUUAGACUUGGAAAUGGCAUUUCCUCUUUAGAUUUCUCAAAUGAUAUGACUGAAAUAAAAGAAAAUCGUAAGAUGAUGAAA